AUGACCUCGCCAACCGAUUCCAGUAGCGAUAGCAGCGCGCCAUCCGACCCUACGAAUCCAAACGAUAUCCCUAAUACCGCCGAAGAUGGCAAAGUGGCAGACGACAAUGCCACUCCUGGAGAAGCCCCCAGGCCUUCGGCGGCGGCGGCGGCGGCGGGAAAUCGUCCUCGGGCAAAUACAACGAAGAAGCCGGAGCCCCCUUCAUUACUCCACGACUUCCUUUUAGGGCGGCCCUCCCCGGCGAGACUCGAAGCAGACCGCAAGCGACGACAAAGCACUGGGACAGUCAGGUCAGACAUCCGACAUGAUAUGAAGCAGACCAUGGUACGAAAGUUACAGCAACCAAGUGGUGUCAAUGACAGGGUCAAAGCAUGGCAAAAGGCCAAUGCCUCCGCCAUGGCGGAUGCCGACCCAGAAGAUCUGGCCACGGAGCCAACGGAGCUUGCGUUUGCUGGAGAAGAGGUGGAAAGUGUCACAGAGGAGGAUCGGGUACGAAUCAAAAUGAGGCAGAAGAAGAGACCACCCAAAAAAGUAGUCGUCCAUAACAGCAACAAUGGCAAAGAGCCGGAAAAAUCACCUCUGCCCCCUCCUAAGAAGAGGAUCGUUAGCGACGAUAACUGGGUCAGACCAAAGGUUAGGAAGCCUUCCGUUGUGAGGAAACCUUCAGUUCGCAAAGUCUCGCCGCGCCCUAGGAAGCCCAGCAACCCGACACCCCGAGUUCCAAACGGCUUUGCAUUUCGAGCAGUACCCAAUCCAUCCUUUCAAAGUAAAGUCAAAGCAUGGGCCGAAAAAGUCGUUACGCCGCCUCCACGGAGCCGUAGAGGCUCAUUAUCUUCCGAGUUAUCGACUUCCUCUGAGGACGACGAGGACGACGAGGAAGAUAGCGAUGAUGGAGAAACAGAAACUGAAAUCACUGCGAAAAAACCUUUGAAACCUAGCACGGGCGAUGACGAUGGGAUUCGAGUGCGUCCAAUACGGCAAAAGCAAGGCGACGACGACGGAAUUCGAGUUGCUCCAGUCCAAGAUAGGCAGCCAGAUGAUGGUAUCCGCGUUAAACCUAUGCAGCCUUCGUCAGCUGCAGCCCAGGAUGACGGUAUCCGAGUUAAACCGGUAAAACCUUCACCUGCAGCUCACGAUGAUGGUAUCAGAGUUAAACCUAUGAAACCGACGACAUCUGCAACCCUGGAUGACGGUAUCAGGGUAAAACCAAUGACCGACUCCAGAUCGGAGCCUGGGGCGCCACGACCAGCACGCGAGAGAAGCAAAACUGCAGGUGCUGCUGCACCCAAGAAGCACACAAUUGAUGACUUGAUCAAGGCUGUCGAGGAAGCAACCCAAUUAUCAAUGUCAGACCUUGAUACCCCGCCUCAGGGGACCCAACAGAAGCCUCGAGCCGGCGUGAAAAGGAGUGGAACAAAGCGUCCCAACGUUAGAGCCAAAUCAGUAGACGUCGGUUCCCGUGCCAGGGAAAUUCUGGAAUCAGAUUUGGGCACAUCUUUAUCAAACAAAUCUUUGGCUGACAUCCCGGGGGAUAUCCCAUUUGGGCAGUCUGCCUUUAGUGAGUUGGAUUUGCCUCUACGGGGCCCUCCCAAGAGUAAGCCAAAGCAACAGCCAAAGCGCUCAAAAAUGGAUAGAGCAGCGAGCCUGAAAGCCAUGCCGAACGUACUGAAAAAGGUGGUGGAGGAGGGCAGAAAGAUUAUUCAAGAUCUUAAUGAACCACCACGGCAUGCUGUACCCAAUAACCCUCCCAGCAUCGAAAAGUGGCUCAACAACACUGUUGAGCCUUAUGAUAAAGACAAUGGGCCGAUGUCACCUACGUCCACAUUGACUGACGAGGAUGAUGACGAGGAUGACGAUGUCACUAUCGGAGAGACCACGCCCAAAAAGCCAGAACCAAAAAAGACAACGGCCAGAGAGACCACGCCUCGAGAGACAACGGCCAGAGAGACAACGGCCAGAGAGACAUCGGCCAGAGAGACAUCGGCCAGAGAGACCACGCCUCGAGGAACCAGACCUAGGGAUACCACACCUAGGGGAGCCAGACCUAGGGAAACCACGUCCAGGGAAACCUCGUCUAAAGAAACCACGCCUAAAACGGCGACGCCGAAAAGGAAACCUUCAGCGGAGACAAAGAGCUCAAUGGCGUCUGAUUCGCGUGUAGUCUCCAACGUCACCUCUGAUCUCACUUCCAAUGUUACUUCCAGUGUAGAGACAACGCAAACAGAGGAGACUGUUCAGAGUGCCCCUGGCUCUGCAAAUUCAACGCCCAAAUCUGGGGCAUCUAAGGAGAGAGAGCUUUCCAAAAAGAAGUCAUCAUCGUCAGACGGACUGAGGAGGAGCCGCGCUACAAGAGAUUCGCAGUCUCAGUCCAAAUCAGGAAGCAAAAGGCGGCCGUUCCUUGGCGCUCUGAAGGAAGCUUUUCAAGGAGAAUCUGCAGAGCUUACGAAGCCGGUAAAGAGCUACCAGAGCCGCGAAGAGCGGCGAAUCGAAUUUGAAUCUUCAGAGGAUGAAGAAGAGCUUGACGCGGAUUCCCAGUACAUGCAAUCAAACUCUGAUUUGAGUAGCUGGGUUACUACGGACACGCGCUCAAGCACAGAUAGGGACUCAUCUGUUCACAGCUCAAGAGGGGCGCCAUAUAUGGCCGGACCGCGCCUCCGACCCCCUACCAAGGGCCAGUAUGAGCUUUCGACAAUUCUCUCCGCUGGCUCUAGCGUUAGCCAUUCGGAAACAGAGUCAGAUGUGACAGAAUCCACUCUCACUCGGUCAACGACAGUCACAAAGUCGGCUGACCCGAGAAUCCCACAGCGGCAAGGCUCAGGGCUCAAGAGAAGGCUAACAAAGCACUCUGACCUGGUUUCUGUACUCUCGUUGCCUGAUGAUAAAGAUGUUCCGCAAGGGAUCAUGAAUAACAGGUCAAGACCGAGCUUGCGAAAGGCUCGCGGUUUGGCCAAUGACGUGACUGCCGACGACUUGCUGAAAGAGUUUGCCGAUGAUGAGAACCUGUAUCAGCGAGAGCUCAAAACUUUGGUCGAUGGUGUGGUACCCGUGCUUCUCUCACACGUAGUGACCGAUACCUCUGGAAACGCUUCUCCCAAGGUCAAGGUCGACACCACUUCCAAGUCAGUGGUCGACAUGGGAGUCGCCCUCGAGAAGCUCAAAACCGCACAUUCCAAAGCCCCCCUUACAGAUAUUCGUCGGAUGGCUAACUGGGCUCAUGGCGUUGUCCCACUGUAUGAUAAUUACUUGAGUGUCUGGAGGCUGGGCUUCCAGGACUUGAUAAUUAAUCUCGCGCCACGACGAGGCGUAGCGGAGGGGGACGACUCUCUUCUUGGUGCCCUGCCUAGAAACGCAAACGGCGAUCUAGUUAAUGAUCAAGGAGAGCGAGUGGCUGUUGCCUACCUUUUGAAGAAGCCGCUGCUCCGCGUGAAACAGAUGGCCAGGUUAAUUGUUUGCGUCGACCAAAUGUUUUCUUCUCCAGAUACCAGCCAGCUAGUCAAAGAUUUUGAGGCUUUGCAAGAAAAGGCACGCCGGCGCCACAGAGAGGAGGUUGCUAGAAUCAUUGACGAGGAAGCCAUCAACACAGAUACUACAAGAGCUCGAGAUCUCAGAACGCUUGGCCCGACCAAGUCCAUUACUAUCGAGUUAACCCGUCAGGUCAGCGCCAAGGAUAUUUUCUCGCUUGAUAUUGCCCACUCCAACGGUCAAAGGUUGGAAUGUCAGGUAGAGCUGGUGCACCGAGACAAUCAAAGCCAACAUGGAGACCAAGGAGACCUUCUCAUCCGAGAGGUGGGCGACGGCCGACGUUCCUAUCUUCUUUUCCCACCCAUUUCCAUGUCCCUUGUCUCUGCUCGCUCAGGAGAUGGAAAGUUGGACCUGGUACUUAUGGUUCGUGGUAACCACAACGGAAAGCCAUGGCAUGAGCUGCUCAAUCUAUGGGCAGAUGAAGAGGAGCAGAUUCUAGACUGGUUGGAUAUCCUACCUUCAUCUCCCGUCCCGCCCAGGAAGCCUGAACCCAGCAUCUUGGACGAGUCCGAGCUUGGAUCGGACUCUCCAGGUAGAUUGUCGGAUGUUCCAGUUGGCGUUCAGAGCAUGCUAAGUGCGGCAUCUCGAUCCGAAGUCACCGAAGAUGAUUCUGGCAGCGAGCUAUCAGCUCCGCCGACUCCAACACGAGCUGCGCCUGGAGCUCCUGGUAGUCAAAAACAAAAGGCAUCCGCACAAGAAGUUGAGAGGUCUGGCUCUUCCAAGACAAUUCCUGUCAUUUAUCACAACGAUACGCCACCGCCGCGACCACCUGUUCACCGAACUCUUAGCCCCACGCCCCAGCAGACAGCAAAGUCUCAGUCACUGCUUAAACCACCUGUCGACCACCAUGCCAGUGCUGGGCUCAAGAGGAUAGGUUCCUCUCCUCUCAAGCAUGAGUACCUACCUUCCGAGGUUUCUACCGCGUCUGGUUUGUCUUCUGCUGUAUCCUCGGUAGUGGAAGAAGGAGAGGAAUCGGAAACAGAAGAUGACGACCUGUCUGGAACAGAGUCCGAAUCUGAGUCGUCUGACGAAGAAAUGGAGAGCAUUGAUGUUCCUCAGACUGAGCUUGGCUAUAGUAUAAGAGAGGAUGGUCGGAGAAGAGGCUCCAACGCUCCCUCAUGGACCCCAUCGUAUGCACCCUCGUAUACCCAUGGAUCUGAAGUCAGCUUGACGCCGUCCAACUCUGCUUCUCAAGCCGGCCUUCAUGGACGAAAGCCAUCGUUAGAGGCUGGUAGUGUUGCGAAAUCGGGGCGAUGCUUGGCCACCGUCUCCAGAUGGUCUGACAAGGGUGCUUGGAAGGAUAUUCAUCCCGACCACUGUUCGAUUACCGUUUCUGAUGGUCUCAUUGAGGCAUUCACUUUCAGAGAUAGCAAUUAUACCCAGAUGGAUGACAAGCCCAUCAUCGCACUGGAUCUUACUCCCCUGGUAUUAAUUCGACAGAGCACUGCGGUCGAUCUGGAAAUCCGAUCUUCAUUGCAGGCCCACAGCAAACUAGCACCAGUUUACCAAGGCGGCAACUUCCGCUUCCGCUGCUUGAACGGCCCUGAUUGCUAUCUUCUUUACACAGCCGUGCACCAUGCUCGUCUCAAUAACCAAAAGUAUAUCCAGCUCGAGCAGGAAGCCAGAUUCAGAGGCUUUGGGGAACGACCGGCCCCGCCUCAAGAUGGAGACACGAGCAGCCGCCGUCGCACCUGGUUCGGUAGGAAGAACAGCUACCGCAGCUCAGUCAGAGCACCUUCACAGUAUCAAGAUGGAGCCAGUACUACGCCUUCUUCCGCUCAGUCUGCAACCAGUUUCCUCAAGAAGCUCACUCUUGUUGGAAAUCUGUCUUUCAACCUCGCGCGAUCAUCAAUUGACAAGCGCGGCGGCCGAGGUGGAAGCGGCGGCAACAGCCUCUACGGAUCUGGCUCUUCAUCAGGAUACGGAACGCCUCGAUCUCCAUCUGUGAGCGUUGAUCACAGCAGUGCGGGCCCUGUGAAUAUCGACGCUGAGAACAUUCGCAUCCGGCUACAUCUUCUCGUCUCGUCUGCGAAGUGGGAAGACUAUGGCAACUGCACUCUGCAAAUCCGUCGACCGCCUCCUGGUUGGCGUCAAGCCCUCCGAGCGGACCAUGGCCUCGAAAAGAGAGUCACGGUCACCACUAUACCAAAGAAGAGCUCUGAGAAGGCUAUUAUCCUACUGGAUGCUGUUCUUGGAAGUGGAUGCUUCACGCCUAUGGGUAGUCGAGGUAUCGUCUGCGGCGUCUGGGAGGAAGUCAAGAGCGGCGACGGCGUCAUCGGUGGUGUUCCAGCGAAUGGAACCACGGGUGGAAACAUCAAGAAGUGGUGCUUCCAGUUUGCCAGCGUGGCCGAAGCCAGUUGGGUGAUCCGGCUGGUGCACCAAGAGGUCAUUACUACAUGA